AAGUCUCUCUCAACUCAACGCAACACAACCACCGCCCUUUGUUGGGUUGGGACUUGGGAGCUGAGUUGCCUUGCCUGGAAGGCUCAAAACCUAAUAGCGAAAACGAAGCUUUACCUUAUAAUGCUUUCGACUUCGAUCUGCCCAUCGUUAAAACAACAUAAUAGAGUCCUUUAAAACAAACUGUUUGCAUUCUCGGACCGACACCUACUUCAUCUUCAUCAUGCUCAAACACAAAGAUCCUGAAGUACCCAUUUCCCCCCUUUUGAGUUGUGGAGCUUUUCUCAUUUCUGGGUUUUGGGAUUCAUAAGUCAAAUCCUUAAGUACCCAUUUACUUUUUUGUUUCUUUUAUGUGUCUUGUACCUUACUGGUGAGUUUAGAGUUCAAGAAAAUGGAUUUUUUCAAGUGGGUUUUUGUUGGGAUUCUUUGUUCUUCAUUUGUCUUGGAGAUUGGUGCUGUCAGGCGAGGACGAACUCAACCCACUGAGCGAAUUUCAGGUAGUGCCGGUGAUGUCUUGGAAGACAAUCCAGUUGGGAGGUUGAAAGUUUUUGUGUAUGAGCUUCCUAGCAAAUACAACAAGAAGAUUCUGCAGAAAGAUCCAAGAUGCCUUACGCACAUGUUCGCUGCUGAAAUUUUUAUGCAUCGGUUUCUCUUAUCCAGUCCUGUUCGAACCCUAAAUCCCGAAGAAGCAGAUUGGUUUUAUACCCCUGUGUACACGACUUGUGACCUGACACCAAAUGGCCUCCCAUUGCCUUUUAAGUCACCACGAAUGAUGAGAAGUGCUAUACAACUUAUUUCUUCAAACUGGCCUUACUGGAAUAGGACCGAAGGAGCUGAUCACUUUUUUGUAGUGCCUCAUGAUUUUGGACCAUGCUUCCAUUAUCAAGAGGAGAAGGCAAUUGAAAGAGGAAUUCUUCCCUUGCUUCAACGGGCUACCUUGGUUCAGACUUUUGGGCAACGGAAUCAUGUUUGCUUGAAAGAGGGCUCGAUUACUAUUCCUCCUUAUGCACCACCACAGAAGAUGCAAGCCCACCUCAUCCCUGAGAAAACUCCUAGGUCCAUUUUUGUUUACUUCAGAGGCUUGUUCUAUGAUGUUGGAAAUGAUCCGGAAGGCGGGUACUAUGCCAGAGGUGCACGAGCAGCAGUAUGGGAGAACUUCAAGGAUAAUCCACUUUUUGACAUCUCUACAGAGCAUCCAACCACAUACUACGAGGAUAUGCAACGAGCAGUCUUUUGUUUGUGCCCACUUGGCUGGGCUCCUUGGAGUCCAAGAUUGGUCGAAGCUGUGAUUUUUGGUUGCAUUCCUGUCAUCAUAGCUGAUGAUAUUGUUCUGCCGUUUGCUGAUGCAAUCCCCUGGGAAGAAAUUGGGGUGUUUGUAGAUGAGAAAGACGUGCCCAACUUGGACACCAUACUCACUUCAAUCCCACUGGAUAUUAUAUUAAGGAAGCAAAGAUUGCUUGCCAACCCUUCAAUGAAACAAGCUAUGUUAUUCCCACAACCUGUUCAAUCAGGUGAUGCCUUCCAUCAAGUUCUGAAUGGACUGGCAAGGAAGUUGCCACAUGACCGAAGCAUUUUCCUGAAGCCAGGUGAGAAAGUUCUGAAUUGGACAGCAGGACCUGUUGGUGACCUGAAACCAUGGUAGCACAGUCUUGUUAUCCCUUUUUUUUCCUAGUAUUAUUCUUUGGGAUCAUAGGAACUCAUUCUGUCCCUUUGUCCCAGCCCCCAAAAGUUUAGAAGAGUUGUAUAAUAACUGGUCGUGGUCAUUGAAGUGUAAAUUUUGAAUUUCUUCAGAUUAACAGAUUAUAUAUUCUCCCUUUGCAGCCUGGCCCUGAGGUGUGUCUUUUUUAUUCUUAUAUGAUAUAUUUUUAUUUCAGUUUUUUUUUUCUUUUUCUUUGUGGACUCUGGUUGUUGAUAGUUUUACCUAAAAGCAUAGUAUGAUUGUUCCAUUGUUUGUUGGUCAAUCAUAUCAAUGAAAAUUCUGAUUUCAAAAGGUUACACAUAAAAGUGAAUAUAUAAUGUGCCAACAAACUUUGUUGUUGACCUUUCCA